AUGAAGAAAAUUGAAGAAAUGCUAGAACAAUUGACCCCAAGUAAAGCCGAAAAAUCUGGUCUCAAAACACUAGAUUCCUUUGCUCACCCCACUGAGUCUGAUCUUGAGUCAAUAGAUUCAGAGAUUAGUGACAUUUCAAAAAUUGAAAAUGCCUUCAAAAACUUAGAAGUCCAAGUUGAACCUAGAGUCAAAAAAUUAGAAAAACAUAUAAGCCCUACCAGUUUAACUAGAAAUUGGUACCCAAGGCCAACACCCCCAGACAUUCAAUUUGAAGAAAGAAACCUCCAAACCCAGUUCUCGGUUUCCUCUGAUAAAAUGUAUGAAUGGAACAUUGAUGGUCUUCCUGAGCAAGAAAUUUUUAAUAAGCUACAACAUAUGUCCAUGGUUGCUAAUAGUUAUAUCACCAAUCACAGUUUCAGACAGUCUGAAAUUGUUCCCCUGUUAGUCACCGGAUUUACUGGUACUCUCAGAUAUUGGUGGGAUAAGCAUUUAACCCCUGAGUCAAAAAAUUUGAUCAUUCAUGCUGUAAAACUUAAUGAAGACGGCCUCCCCAUAUUUGAUGAGCAAGUAGGUCAAGGUAUAGAGGACGGAGUCAACACUUUGCUUUACACGAUAAUUGAGCAUUUCAUUGGAACCCCUAGCCACACCACCGCUAGGAUACAUGAUCAGUUGAGCAAUCUUAGAUGCCCUAAGUUAUCUGAUUUCAGAUGGUAUAAAGACGUUUUCAUUUCUAGAGUCAUGCUUAGAGAUGAUAGUAAUCAACCAUUCUGGAAAGAAAAAUUUGUUAAUGGUCUUCCAAACCUAUUUGCCCAUAAGAUAAGCACAACCUUAAGUAAUGAGCAAGGUCAUAUAGAUUGGGAUAGUCUGACUUAUGGAAAUAUUAUAAGUACAAUUAACCAAGUAGGAAUGAAGAUGUGUAUUGAUUUUAAAAUUGGAAAACAAAUACAAUCUGAUAGGAAGUCUGCUAAGUAUGAGUUAGGCAAUUUCUGCGAGCAAUAUGGUCUUGCUAGCAUUCCUCCUUCCAGAAAAAUAAGUCCAGUCAUUUUCGAAAAAAUCGUCAUUAUUCCCGUAGAAAGCAAUUCUCCCAACGCAAUAAUGAUGAUCGUGAAUUUUACAAGAAAAAGAAAUUCUCUCCUAAGAAAAAUUGGUCAAAAGGACAAAAGAAGAGUCGAUCCAAAAGAAUAA